AUGAGAAUAUGGGUUUGUGUCUUGGAUCCCUUUGAUGAGAUUAAGAUUGCCAAGGCAAUCCUUGAAUCUCUUACAAAUGUGGUCCCAAAUUUACAUGAAUUGCAAACUAUAUUGCAGAACAUACAACAAUCUCUAAAGGGAAAGAAGUUUCUUCUCAUACUUGAUGAUGUGUGGGAAGAAAAUUCUGCAAAAUGGGAACAACUGAAAGAUUGUCUCCAAUGUGGUUCAUCAGGAAGUAGAACUUUGGUGACCACACGUAAGGAGAUUGCUGCAAAUGCAAUAGGCUGCAUUGACAUAUACAAAAUAGGGCAAUUGUCCGCAGAAGAUUCAUGGUUAUUAUUUAGUCAAAUUGCAUUUUUUGGAUGGAGCAAUGGAGAGCGUGGGCCAUUCGAAGACAUUGGUAAGAAAAUUGUAAGCAGGUGCAAGGGUUUGCCUCUUGCAGUGAAGACUCUAGGAAGUCUUUUGUUUACAAAAAAAUCGAAAACUGAGUGGCAAACCAUCAUGGAUAGUGAGGUAUGGGAACUAGAAAAUGCAGAAGUUGAUAUUUUUCCCCAUUUAUGGCUCAGUUAUAAUGAUUUGUCCCCACCAUUGAGGCAGUGUUUCUCUUAUUGUGCUAUUUUCUCCAGGGACCAUUUGAUAAUAAAAGAAAAACUGAUUAAGUCAUGGAUGGCACAUGGUUAUCUUAAGGAAACAUCAAGAAAAGACAUGGAGAGAAUUGGUGAAGAGUAUUUCCAGAAUUUAGCUUCACGCUCUUUCUUCCAAGAUAUCAACAUAGAUAAAUUUUCAUACAUUUCAUAUACUUGUAAGAUGCAUGACAUAGUGCAUGAUUUUGCCCAGUAUAUUAGGAGGGAUGAAUGUUUUAGCAUGGAGGUUUGUAGUUCUGUUGAGCUAAGUAUGGAAUCUGUCAAUAAAGAAGCUCGUUAUUCAAGGAUAGUACUUGCAGAAGGCUCAUUACCAGGCUGCUUUUAUGAUGUAAAGAAACUACGUGGCCUCAUAGUUGAGUCUAAAAGGGAUUCUGCGCUCACAACAGUGCUACCUAUUUUAGUCAACGAAUUAACUUGUUUGAGAUCCUUAGAUCUAAGUUAUUGUAAGAUCAGAGAAAUUCCAUCAACAAUAAGCCAAUUGAUACAUUUGAGGCAACUUGACUUGUCUUUUAAUAGUGAACUGAAGCUGUUGCCUGAAGCAUUGUGUGAAUUAUAUAAUUUGCAAACUUUAGAUAUUCAUCGUUGUAGGAAUUUGGAAAAGCUGCCCCUUGGAAUUGGAAAACUUGUCAACUUAAGAGAAGCAUUCUCUCUAGAGGAUCUAGAAAGCCUGAACCUUCUUCAAGGAUUGCUUGUUUUAGAGUGCCUAGGAAACGUGGGGAACAUUAAUGGGGCUAAGCAAGCACAACUCAAGAAAAAGAAAGGAAUCAACACAAUGCAUUUUACUUUUGAUGGAGAGGAAGGGGAUUGGAGAGUAAGUCACGGUGAACAAUUACUUGAAGUCUUAGAAACACCACCUAAUUUGGAGUUUUUAGAUAUACUUCAUUACGAAGGCACAGUUUUUCCAAGUUGGAUCAUGUCAUUAACUAAUUUGAAGCGCAUUGUGCUCGACGAUUUUAACAACUGUGAGAAAUUACCUCCUUUGGGAAAGUUGCCUUUCCUUGAACGACUUGGUUUGUGGGGCAUGAAACGCCUGAAAAUGUUGGGUGUUGAGUUUUUGGGAAUAGAAACUUCAAGUCAACAUGGGAUUUCAUCAGCAGACGCUGCCUUCCCCAAAUUGACAUCACUUGUAUUAGGUUCCUUGGAGGAGUGGGAAGAGUGGAAUGAACACAAAUGGAGAAGAAGAUAUUACCAAUUUUAUAAUCCUCCCAUGUCUUUGUUCACUCUCGAUUUGGGAUUGCCCAAAAUUGAAGUUGGAGGCACUACCAGAUUACCUUCUCCGGAAGAUGUCCGAAUUUGA